GCCAAGAAUAUUUUAAACCCAUUUCUUUUGAGAAAUAUGAAACAAAACAAUCACUGCCCAGAUAGAGCAGUUCUGCCUUGUUGACGCUUCCUCUUCCUGCAUGAGAAGAGAAACGGUCGCUCGCGAACUUUGAGACAUGCCGAGUAAAAAGAAGAAGUAUAACGCCAGAUUUCCACCGGCACGCAUAAAGAAGAUCAUGCAAACAGAUGAGGAAGUUGGAAAAGUUGCAGCAACAGUACCUGUAAUAAUAUCUAGGGCACUGGAGUUGUUUAUAGAAUCUCUAAUAGUACAGGCGAGUCAGACAACAUUGUCAAAAAAAGCAAGGACUUUGUCUGCAUCACAUCUUAAGCAAACAAUACAGUCUGAGAAGAAGUAUGACUUUCUACAUGAGCUGGUUGCCAAUAUUCCUGAUCACCAGACAGAGGAAGAUGGUGGUAGUGAGUGUACAUCAGUGAUAGAAAAUCAAGAUAAAUCAAAUCAGAGUGCAGUCAAACGACCACGUGGAAGACCCAGGAAACCCAGAGACCCCUCUGGAGCUGUGCAGAAGAAAGAAAGAAAAAGAAAACAAGCCAAAAUGGAGUCUUCGGAAGAUUCAGAUUCGGAUGCCUCAGAAGAAACAGAUGAUGCAGUGGAAGAUUCAGAAGGCGAGGGUGAAGCCAGCUGUAGUGGCAACAAUUUUUCCAGCAUCCCGUCCACGUCUUCAGGGCUGUUGCUAAUGCCACCUCCUACACCUUCUGUACCUCCUGUUCCCUUGUACUCUGGGAUGACUGUAUCUCCACCUGUUUCUUGGUCCCUUCAAGCACCUGGGCCUGUAGGAUUUUCACAGAUGCCUGUUCCAGUGAUGAGAGCGGGUCUUCGGACGGCAGAAGAUGAUGAUUAUGACACAUGAUGACUUGAACGUGGCUUUGUAAUGUUGCAGUAUGAGUGUGUGGGUGGCUGAUGAAUGCAAAGAAAUGUAAAAGAGGUUAGUUGGUGAUGACACAUUUAUUUUACGGUUGGGUGGAGUAAUGGGGGGUGGAGAAGAAGAGACAUCCUUGGAAGGCAAAUUCUGAGGAUGAUUCCUGUCAAUAAUUCAACAUAUUGCUGACUCCCAUUGGCUGUACCAGUUGUAUUGAUACCUCUUGGUGCACAAUGUACAUUGGGUGGGGAGGAGUUUUUAAUGGUCUUUUUCUCAGGUCUCCUCAAGUUUCUUGCAUUUGGUUGAUGUGUGAGAUGUAUUGAAUUUGUUCCUGUUUACCUUUUUGGUGUAGAUGACAAGAGUUCAGCAUCAAUUCUUAAGGAGGGACAUGACAUUACUGGGUGACUGACUUUUUGGUGCAAUGCUUUGGGCCUGUUCUGUUGCGUAUAGAUAGGCCAUGUUAAGAAUAAUGAAAGAGAAAUUUUCUUAGCUCUGUCUUUACUGGUUAGGGAGUUAUUUAAGUUGGAAUGUGACAAAAGGUAAAACUGAGAAAAGUGGAAAAGAAAUGAGUAAGUCUUUCUUUGUAGAAAGGUAGUGUAAGAAAAACCAGGAAAACGAAAAAUGUGAUUGCAAGUUAGUCAAGUUUGCAUUCUUUAGAUAAAUAAAAUUCAGCCCUUUCUAAAUGUGGGAUCCAUGACUUAUUUACUCUUGAUGUAGUCAAAGUUCAAGUCUCGGGAAAUGAAAAAAAAAAUGCUAAAAAUAUUUUUGAAGAUAUUUUAAACUAAAUAAAGCACAGAAAAGGUAUUCUAGAUUCAGAAUGUAUAAUAGUCUCCUAGCUGUAAUUUUUGUCAAAAUACACUACUGUGUGCCUCCUUCAGCAUUUGCAGAACUCUUUAUAGCUGCGUAUUUGUGUUAUCAAACAAGUGUCAGUACUGCUGAAGUUCUAGUAAAGACUAAUGGGAUUGUUUAUUGCUCUUGUCUAAGGAUAUGCAGGUAGAAUGUGGUGUACUGAAGUGUGUGUAUGAUAUAUCACAUUUAGCUUAUUUGAGCUGCUGCCUCUUGGAGAAACAAGUUUUUUCUUUGUGAUGUUUUUAAAAACAAAAACCUGUCCACUUUCAUUUCAGUGGUGAUGUGAUUGUUUAAAGUUUAACAUUUCUUUGUAGCAUUAAAAAAAGUCACAGAAUGCUCAGAAGAUUGCUAUGAUGAAAUUUUAAUGCAGUGCUUUGCUCCAUCUUAGAUCAUUUAAAACAAAAGUUUGUAUUGGCAUAAAAGAAGUGGAAUUCUUUAUAUUGUCAUCUCUAGGUCUGGAUUUGUCUUUGUAUUGGUUUAGGGUGCAGUCUUUCAGCCUUAGAAAAAAAAUAAAACAAACCCAAAUUUGUAAUUUUACUCUCACCAAUUUUUGCUAGUUCGUUGUUUUGACUUGUUGACAUUUUCUCCUACCCUGUGAUCCUGAUAUGCAUCAUAGCACUUUGUCAUCUUCUCAAGCAUGUUGCAAGUGCAAUGCAGAAUUAUUUCAUGUGCCCAGUGUUUAUUACAGCAGCAUUUUCCUAAAAGUUUUUAGCUACCCAGGGAUCCUAACAAUUGCCACAGCAAUAGUUUUUUGAUCUGUUUCUGAUUUCCUAAGCAUCCUCCCAGUGCAAUGUUAUACUCAGAAAUUUUAUUUGUAAAAGUAAAGAUUCGAAAAAAGUGCCUUGAAGGCAUGUCAUUUUCUUUUCUUUUGCAUCCCAAAUUGCUAGGGCAUAUUUCUGUAAAAGCCAAACAAGUGAGUGUGCAUAGAAGUGUCCAACUACCCUGCUUCCCCUACUCCCAACAGAUGCAGUGAAACACAAGGGUCAUGGUAAAAAAUGCAGACAUUUGAACCACAUCAACCACAGUUUAAUGUAUGAUUUGUAUUUGAGAAUACACGCAGCAUUUUAGGAUCUGCUGAUACGGCGACCAAGUAGGUUGAGAAGGGAUAUUUGUAUAUGACGAUACAUGAGAAUGUUUAUGGUAAUAUGAUUUUAUGUUAAUGAAUCUGCCAUCAGUUGAAUAAAAAAAAAUCUCAUUUUA